CUGUUGGUAUCAGUUUUUCGCUCCUUUCUGCAACCUCGCUCAGCCGUACGAUCCCGAGCUUUCCUGCAACUCUGUUUUGUUUGAUUAAUUAUCAAAUUCCGAGGUGAAAAUAAGGCUAACUCUUUGUAUUACAUUUAGGGCUUAAGGAAAUAGUAUUCAACUCAAAACAAAAGACCAUGAAGAACACUCAACGCUCAACCAUCACUUUCAAGUGAAAUGAAGACAAGCUGGAAUAGAUGUUGGCGGUAAGCAGGCGGAGUCCCGAUAUGACAGAUUUACAAGGUAUUGAGUGUUGAGUGCAACCUAAUCAGUCUGACGCUGGCCAAUUAAUUCACAUCGGAAGACGUGAAAUGCAAGCUUUUCACAAGCUAUAGGCCGACAGUGAUUUAUAAACAAACAUUAAACAGUCCUCUGCAGGUUCGGUUAUUGUUCUCUGCAGAUACUGCAAUAAGCUGCUCAGCAUUUCCAUCAUUUCCGGGGGUUCUGAUUUCCAGCAUUGGCAGUAUGUGCUUUUGUAACGCAACGAAGUGAUAGAGUAUGACACAGCCGGUUUUUGUGUUCGGAUGUUGAUAUCCUGUGGGGAGUUAUAUGUGUCGUGUGAGGCCAUCGUUCCCUCCCCAAAAUGUUCUCCCUGGGUGAGGUCAUGCUAUCAGUGUCCCUUUAAAGGCAAUUCAUGCUGUAAACUUCCGGUCCCGUGGUGUGAGACAGAAGGAAAUGGGAUGGAGAGCAGCUUGUUUCCAGCUUCUCGGUUGGAAUGUGUGUGUUGGGAACACGAAGCAAUGGACACAGAUAGCACCGGGCUCCCACACGCCGGAGAGAAGCAGCGGAAACUAGGUUAUUAGCUGUGCGGAGCACCAAGCUAAUACUUGAAGACCUACUUGAAAUAUUGUACAAAGCUGUUGCAUAAUGCAUUGAUCCCGAUGCACAAGCGCCUGUGGACCACAGCUCAUUCUCGUCGGCCGUUCCAAAUCAUUUGCUUCCCUGUUUGCUGCUGUGUGAGGUUUUUUUUCCUCUCUCGUGGUGCUGCAGCAGUUGCAGGUUUAUUUUGUCUGAAUCCGGGCUGUGUUGUGGCUGAAAGCCGACUGCACGAAUGAGCAGUUAUCCCGCUUCCACAGUCUGCUCCUGGAGCGCCGUGCACCGCAGAUCCACCCUGCGUUCAGCGUCCCCCACCGUCCCUGAACUCUUGCCAGAGUUCACUUUUUGUUACUGAUUUUCCUUUUUAAAGAGGGGCAGGAAGAGAGAAUGGCUUCCAUCAGCCUGGGACUAAAUUUCUCGCGAAAGAAGAGUUUGGCGAGGAACGCUGCAGUGGAGCGGAAAAACCUCAUCACCGUUUGCAGGUUUUCUGUCAAGACUCUAAUCGAUCGCUCCUGUUUUGAGACUAUUGAUGACUCAUGUUCAGAAUUCACAAACUUCGCGGCUAUUCUAGAGCACGUGCUGAGUCACCGUCUCAAAGGCCAGAUUAAUUGGUUUGGUUACGAAAGCCCUCGAAGCUUCUGGGACUUCAUCCGUGUGGCGUGCAGCAAGGUUCCCCAUAACUGCAUCAGCAGCAUUGAAAACAUGGAGAAUGUGAGCUCAUCAAGGGCAAAGGGUAGAGCGUGGAUCCGAGUUGCUCUCAUGGAGAAGCGUCUGUCUGAGUAUAUCUCUACUUCCCUGAGGGACGUCAAAACAACCAGGAGAUAUUAUGAAGAUGGAGCAAUUGUACUGGGAGAAGAAUCAAAUCUGCUGGCUGGCAUGUUGCUUGGACUCAAUGCUAUUGAUUUCAGCUUCUGUUUAAAGGGUGAGAGCCUGGAUGGUAAUUGUCCUGCUGUCAUAGACUACACUCCAUAUCUGAAGUUCACACAAAGCUCUGAGAGUAUCAGCAGUGAUGAGGAGGAGUUACGGACCCUCGGAAGCAGCGGCAGUGAAGGCAGUACCCCUGAGAACAUUGGUCCACCUUUCAUUACUGACGAACACAGUUGGUACAACAAGUGCAAACGAGUGGAGCAGAAGUUCAGGCUGGCAUUGGAGCAGAAGGGCUACCUGGAAGAGUUAGUGCGUUUGCGGGAAGCUCAACUUGCAGAGUCGGUUUCUCAAAACAAACUUGUUUUACAAAGGAUGGAAGAGACUGACCUGAACCACAAACUGGAGAAAGAACAACUAGAGUUCAUUAUCCUGGAGCUGCAGGAUCAGCUGGCAGUGUUGAAACAUAAUGAUUUGAGAUCAAGACAAGAAUUAACUGCACACCUCACCAAUCAGUGGCCCUCCCCAGGAGCACUAGAUGCAGAUGCUGUUGCUUUGGAUACACUUCUGUACAGAAAACAGUGUGGACAAUGGGAUGAACACAGUUUCCAAAGUUUGGAGCAGCUGUCUGCAGAGAUCAGUCUUUCUUCAACUUCACUAGAUCCAUUACAUCCACAAAAGGAGGGGGUGGGAAGGCAUGGAAACUCAAAAAGUGAAGGGAAGGAGGACACUCCCUCAUUACUUGGUUUAUGUGGAUCCUUGACUUCCAUGACAAGUUACAAGUCUCUUACAAGCCUCAAGUCAAGUGAAUGCCUUGCAAGUCCCAAUGCCGAGAUUACAAGCCCAGGGCUCACCCCAUCCUAGGAAUUAUGUUAUCAGCAAAGCAAUGAUGAAGUUGGCUCCUUGUGCAAUUAGGUGACAUUCCAAACAUUCAAAUCCUGAAAAGCAUGGAAACUUGACACAAUAAAUCCAAACUGAUUUUAUUUAACCAGAAAACCAAUAGAAAAGAAGCUUUCUACUCAGUGGUAUCUUCAGCAUCUGCAGAAGGUUUUGGCCAAUUGUGCGGAUUGCUUUACUUAGGCAUUUGCUUUGGAACUUAUUCUAGACAUGCAAAUAUAAUUCAUGACAGCUUAUGUUGAAAUUUGUUUCCCAUAAAAUGUCUGCUGUAAGAUGCCCUCCUUGUGACAGGGAAAAAAAACAAUUGUUGUUUGUGCUGGAGUUACUUUUACUGACGCCUGAGAUACUCAUGAAUUUAUGGAGCAAAGAGGUUGUCAAAUGUGUAAUUAACUUCAUUGCAUAAAAAGAAAAGCUGCUACUUUUCCUAGAGAAUAUGAAGUUGAAGUAUUCUCUGUUCCUUGUCCUAAUUAAGAUUGCAGACUUCUAGAUGUAUGUCAUUAGAUGUGUAUUUAUUUCUUUACAUUGACAGUCUUCGGAUCAAAGCCAUUUUUCAUGGACCUGCAAGUGAAGAUGAUGCCUAAUCUCUCUUUUUGGGCAGUGUUUUUAACUAACUUGAUACAAGAUGCCUUUAACAUUCUGACAGGGCUUAGGUGUGUGAAGGUGUAGAUUGGAUUUAUUAAUUAAUGUGAAAGUUUUAAUUAUCUCUGAUACUUGAGAAUGUAAAUGAUGAGCACAUUUGGUGUUAAUUUAAGUGCAGUUGCCAAGACGUGUUCAUUAUUUGGGACUAGUUACUAUUGAUAUCAAGUCAGGAACAAGCAUUAUAACCAAGUGCACUGGUUUAAGUACUACACCCGAUGUUGUAAUUGUUCAAUUCCAAUGUCAUUGCAUCAACAAAAUUAUGACACAUUUUCCUGCCCUUUAAAAAAAAUUAUUGCACGCCACUCAUUGUCACAAUCAACAGCAAAUCAUUGAUUUGAACACACUGACAGAUGAUGGGUACAAAUUUUGUUAACACUGGUUUAAAGAGUUGGUAAUAGAACCCUGCCACAGAUACAUGCUUGAAAGUAUAGAUUAUGAAAACUAUUGAAUAGUUCUGGUAAUUGAAACUAACUAGAUAUGAAAUUUUCUAUACUUAAAUGCAAUUUACAAUUUUAAACUCUUUGACCUUGUAUUUACAUGUAUGUUCAUAACUGUCAAUUUAUGUAAUAUUUAAAUCUAAUUGGCCUAAAGUCACAGCAGUUCCUCACUUUAGUUGUUACUUUGAAUUGUUUAUAUGUAAGAAUAAUUAUUCACAAUGGGGUCAUAGUGUACAGGGUCUUUUAUUUAAAAGAAUGUUAAAGUAUUGUCGUCUAACCCUAAUUUUUAGUGUUUACUUUUAAAUACAAUCCCAUUGUAUUUGUAAACAUUUUUGUUCUAUAUAGAGCUAACAUUAAGUUGUUGGUACAAUGUACAUAAUGCAUGAUGAAUCUGUUUACUUUGUGUACCAAUGGUGUUUACAGGGUCUUUAUUUAAUCUAAUUUAAUUGAGAAAGGUGAUGUCAAAUUUUACUUGCAUAUGCUUUCAUAAAUUUCGUCUUAAGACACAAAUUAUCAAUAAACUGCAUGUAUAAUAAAGUUAAAUAAAUAACCUCCUGUAGUUUGA